AGUUUUACUUAGGAAUGGAAGUAAGUACAAUUUUCGGCACUUCAGCAACCAAUGUUAUGUACAAGUUACAGUAUUUGCGAUGCUCGACAGAAAUAUUUCUGUCGAAAAUCUAAAAUCUCAUCCAAUACGAAGCGAUGGGGUACAGUACACUCGUACACGUACCGGGACUCAUACAUACACGACACAGGCCUAGACUUCAGUCCCUUGCAGUACGGUACGUGUACUCGUACCUUACUCGUACGUACGACGGUCAUACGUCCUACCAUACGGUCGACAUUCGACAUACAGUAUGGUGACCCAUGACACAUGACAUACUCUCAUUAGAAUUUGACUGCGAUAUCUGUUUCGGCUUGAGAUUUCCUACCAUUUUUUCACCGUCAGUCGUCACUAUUCACAUCUGUUGCGUAUGCUCUCGAAAAAACACUUCUACUCUAUUUAUCACCAGAAACAAGCCUCGAUGGAAGUUCAAUGCAUGCAUGGAACAAACGAAGCAGCAAUCCGGAGUGGGACGAAACAACCUAGCGACGUGAAGCUGUGGGUCACUAGGGUGUCAAUCUUGGUGCUGUCCAUUUUAUCAUCGCCAUCGCAUUUUGCGCAAUCAUUUGCGAUCUCCAAAUCUCUUGUACCCCCCUCCCGAUGCUUGUCAGGUCACGAGCGUGUUUCCUUUAGCUUCCAAACAAAAGCGUUCCACGAAAUAGUCCAGACGCAUUCCCUUGCAUUGUUUUCGACGUCAAAUGCACCUUAUAUUCGAGAACUCGAUGGCGUGGACGAUUUGCAAGAGGGAUCUCUUGUGUUGAGUAGAGUGGAAUCCAGCCUGGGCUGUCACGAUUUACGACAACCAUACUUCCACAAGGCUGUGAUAUUGAUUUUGGACCACGAUCCCAAUGAUUUCACACAGGGAGUCCUUUUGAAUCGAGCCUCUGACCUCACGUUGGACGACCGAGAUAUUGUGUGCAUGGAUGGUGAUUGCGAUAGCGAUGACGACGGUGAUGGCAAUGACGCACUGAAGGAGGAUCCGGUUUCCGCGUUUUCUUCUACUUGGCGAAUCCACUUUGGAGGCGAUAUUGGUGGGUGGUAUGAAGAAGUGCCACAAUUACUCUGUGUACACAUGAUUUCCUCCGAGGCUGCCUUGGCGGUCUCCGACCCAAUUUUUCACUUCGAAGAUGGCAUUUUCAUCACUAGUUUUCCAGGUGCACGAUCUCUUGUUGAAUCCGGGGAGGCAACCUCCGACGACUUCUACACAUUCUCUGGAUUUUGUGGCUGGGAAAGAGACCAGCUUCAGAGGGAAGUCGAUAGGGGCUCGUGGUGUUUGGCAUCGUUUACAAAUACCAAAGAAACGAUACUUGUAGAGAGUGAAUCAUCGUCUAGGAGAAACGAGAGCGAUGAUUCUCGUCAUAAGCUUGCAGAUCUCAUUGAAAAAUAUUCUUGGAAAAACUCAGAGUACAAACCGCAGUCGGGAGGUCUCGAGUUUUGGCAUGAACUAAUGCAUAAUCUAGGCAAGGACAACGUGAAACCAUUGCUUCCUUACACAGCUCGUGAAGAUGGCAGUGAUCACCCUCAGCCCUUCUCAGACUUGAUGGUGAAAGAGUGGUCAACACAGCGUUUGAUAGUGACCAAAAAAAUGAAGAGCAAUGGGUAUGAUGAUGGAGGAAUCUAUUCUGGAUUAAACGACAACAACUGCGAAGAACCCGUGAGCCAGAUUGAUGAUGCCGACAUAUUCCGUGUAUUAAAGGCAGCAGCAACACCUACGCCUGUCAUGCAGGGUUCAAUUCUAAGGGGAUCAUCGUCUCCUUCUUCUCCUUACGUAACUAGUUCCCAGCUAUUUUACAAGUCAACCAUUCUGCUUUUGCAAGACACACCAGAAGCAUCGGUAGGUGUCAUGCUCAAUCUGCCAACAAAAGAUGCCUACGUUCUCCGUUUGGAAGACAAAGAUUACCAUUUCACAGUACGAUACGGAGGUCCAAGUGGGAAGGGAGGCGAGGAAGAUCCGUACUUCUGGUUUCACGACUGCGAUGUAUUAAAGGAGGAAGGGAUUGGACUUCCUGUUUCGUUCUCGAACGCACACCCUGAACGCAGCGACCCUCACGGUAUACAUGUUUGCGAUAUAGAAGACGUAAGAGAGGCAGUGCAAAGGAAACUGGUGCAAGCGGACGAAUUUUUGCUGGUUCAAGGUUUUUGCUUGUGGGAAAAGGAAGCAGAGUCCGCGGGUGGCGUAACUGGUCAGCUUCUUAAUGGUAAUUUGGAAGACACGCAGUUGCAGACGACGAAACAGCGUGAAAGUUUGUGGAGGUCCUUAUUAGACCAAAAACAGACCAUAUCCGAGGAUCGCCUUCAAAAGAACUUUGAACUAUCUCAACAAGCAUGGAAAAAUAGCGGUGGAGAGUCUGUGAAUAAUCUCUCCGAAGACAUUAGAUAUGUCUUUGAUAGCAACGUCGAGGUCUCAAAGCUAGCAGAUGAUGCCCUAUUUACAUGGAUGAAAAUCUUCCUUCUCGGAAAUGCAUUUUAUCUUGCAGAAGAUUGAUGAAAAAUUAACAAUCUUUCUAUGUACCGACAAGAGCGACAACUUAUUCUACUAUGACAACACCGACAGGGAUAAUUUUCGAUGACUCAAAUCUCAGAAUGCAUCUAAUCAGAAGAAACCAAUUGAUUGGUCAACAUACUCCUCUGGCGUGACAGGGGACAAGGAAAUGGUAGAGCAACUGUCAUUUGGACAUACUUGGACUCUACUCCCUGCUGGGUAUCACAUGGUUUGCUGUAUAUAAACCGUCGAAGAUUAGGUCCGGAUCCAUUUUGCAGGCCAGUCUCUGAACUCAAUGAAUCGGUACGAACGAUAUCUAUAUUGAUAUACGUAACGUCGGGGCUUGCAUCUCUGGUGGUAGGGGUUCCUGUAACAAAUACUAGUUCAGUUGCAUCCAGGUCUUGUAACAGACCAUUUCGGAUUGAUUUGCAGAAAGCUUCACAGAUGGCUCUGUCGGACAGCUUUGAGUUUCUAGAUUUAGACUUCAAAGCCUCCUCAAUAACUCCUUUUGGUACCCGACAGAUACACGGGCUCUCCCAUUCAAGAAAUGUCGGAAGUGAAGUACUCUCUUCGAAACGUCUUGGUUUCUUUCCCGACAGCAAUAAUCUCACAUAAUAGCGAUUAUCUUCGAUUAAUAUCUCUUGGGUCUCAUUCUGCGAGGUUGUUGAUUUGGAGCUUUUGGUCUCGUCCUUCGCAACAACAAGAAGUUUCUCUGCAAUUUUAGUCAUGUCACCUGUGAUACUUGCAAUGACUUUACGUAGACAAGUAACAUCUUCAACGUACUGCUUCCGCUGAAGUAUUGCAUUCAAUCCAAGUCCCCUGGUUUGAAGUGCCCGAGUUUCUUGGCCGUCAAGCACGCUCAUAACUAUCCUCAACAACGACUCAAGUCGUGUAUAGGCUAAAGCAUCUGUUCCACCCUCUUGACUGUACAUAUCUACAGCUUCUUUUGAAACAGAUAUCAACAACGAACAAAUAUGUUGAAGAGUUGGGCGAGAUAACUCCAAGUUUUGGGAUACUUCAUCGGUAGUUAGUAGCCCCUCUGGUUCGAGAAAAGAGUUUGCAAACGUCAUGACUUGAGCAUUUCCUCGUUCUGGAUUGCCUAUUUCGACUCCUACUGUUGAUAGCCAGAGUGACCGACGACUAUCAGACCAAAGGGAGAAGCGAUUUGGUCUCCAAAUAUAAUUUAAAUGAGGUA